AUGAAAUUUUUGGUUGUUGUUGUUUUUGGUCCUGGAAAUGUGAUUUUAGCAGCGGGGGAAGGAUCUGGGGCCCUGCGGGCGCCUCGGAGCGCGAAGGCGGCGGCUCGGGUUCUCGGCGGGGUCCGCGCAGUGGCCGAGGGAGCUCCUGGGUGGCGGCGGCGGCGGCGGUUCUCCUGGGCUGGACGCCAAAAUCAGCAGGCAGCCGCGUGCUAUUUUUGCGCGGGGGCCGAGCGCAGAGGCGGCGGGCGGCGGGGUCCCUGCAAAGGGGCGGUUGGGGGCCGGCGCUGUCUCCUCGCCGAGGCGCGCAGCGAGCGCGGCGCGGAAAGGCUGCGGCUCCGACCUGGGCGCAGGCUGGGAGUGCCCGCCUCGAGGUCUCCUUACUUACCCACCACGGGACACCAGCCCCAGCGACGACCUUGGACGAUUUCAACGCGCAGGCACCUCGAUCCCCCGAAUUCGUGGUGUGGCCGGUAUCACUGUUCCCCUGGUUUAACUAGCCUGUUUGAAGGUGCAGAUCAUUCUGGGGAAGUCCAACCGAAACCAGCCCUCCCCUGCCCUCUGGAGUCUUCGUUUUCCAGCCUACAUCUGCUUGUGACUCCAGAAAGAGACUCCAGAUUGGCCAAGGCCCAGUUUAAAUGCCACCUCCUCCAGGAAGCUUUUCCAGCCUCCUCAAGACCUAGCCCGACGACGGCGACGGGCCAGGUGGCGUCGGAGGUCACCGCUUGCCUGAAUGCCCUGAGCCAAGAGCAACCGCGGUUCCCCGGGGAUCGCAAGGGCCUCAGGCCUCGCAGGACCGUGGGCGCUGGAGAGUGAGAUGUGGGGCUGCGGCCGCCACCCGGGAACGUUGGGGGACAAGGGGAGCUGCUCCGGAUUUAGGCCGCCGGCCCUCCAGCCCUGCCUUGGCUGUUGGGCCGCCUCCUUCACCUUGGUUAAGUUCUCCUUUUGCUGCCCAUUCCCGCUCGGGGUGCCCGCCACCAAGGAGGCCGGUUCGCCGCAGCUUAGGCCAGGGGAGGUCACUGCUCUGGGGCGGGAUGGAUCCCAGCUUCCCCCAGCUCGUCUCCGAGGACUUUUCGCCGGAGGCGGGCAGGAAGGGGUUAAGAGCACCCCUCCCCCCGCCCCCCCCCGCGGCCAAUCCAGAGCCCCGGGCUGCGGGCGAAGGCCGCCGCUUCCCUCCUGAGGUCUCAUUAGGGAAACCCUCACCGCUAUUUUCAACAUUUCCUCAAUCAAGUGCCUUUAAAUAGAGCUGCACAAACAAAUUGGCGGCAAAAGCGUAGAUCUUGUCACGAUUGAGACCAAUCCAAUAUUUCAGCCUUGUUUGCUUUGCAAUUACGGCUUGGCUUGUGGCUGCGGUGCCACCGGGGCAAAUCUGCAGCCGCCCGCUUUCUCCUCGGCACCCUCGGCGGGCGGAGGAAGCGACCCGCAGCGCCGCCGGAGGGAGGGGGGUGGCGCUGGAGGAGGUGGCGAGAGGGCGAGGGGCGGGCGGCGGAGCCCUCCCGAAGCCCGCGUGCGAAGGGCGCGGGCCCUGGGAAGGAGGCUGGACUUCUCAGGUUCCUGGCCGAGCCCCUGCGAGACAUACAGUAACAAUAAAACGUGCGGUACGCCUGCCGAAA